UAAACAUACCAGCGCCUGCCUGCGCUCCGUGGUUGGCUGCGGCUCUCUUGGCCAUUACGUUAUGCUUACUCCACACACACAGGCAGCUGGAGAGAGGGAAGACGUAAUGGUUUGAUUCCCUGUGCACUUGCAAUGGUCGUCGUCCUGACUUUACUCGGCAAAUUCCUCAAACGGGAGGUGCAAUGAAGGCGGGGGCAUCGUCCAUGUGGGCGUCAUGCUGUGGGCUGUUGAACGAGGUGAUGGGCACGGGCACGGUGCGAGCGCAGCAGCCAGGGUUCGGAGCAGGGGCGGGACCCUUCCGCUUCGCCCCCAGCGCUGGGUACUCCACUUACCCCCCCACCAGCUCAGGGAGCGCCGGACAGCUGUGCAAGGCCUGCGGACUGGCCUUCUCUGUCUUCAGACGCAAGCACAUCUGCUGUGAUUGUAAGAAGAGUUUUUGCGCCCUGUGCUCGGUGCUUCAGGAGAACCUGCGCUGCUGCACAACCUGCCACCUGCUGCGCGGCACGGCCUUCCAGAGGCCUCGGCUCAUGCAGCUCCGAGUGAAAGACCUGCGGCAGUACCUGCUCCUGCGCAACAUCCCCACCGACACAUGCAGGGAGAAAGAGGACCUGGUGGACCUGGUGCUCUGUCAUCAGGGGACGAGGGAAACCCAGAGACCAGUGGUGGAAGAGGAGGAGGAGGAGGAGGAUGAUGAGGAGGAGGAGGAGGACGAAGGGGACACACAUGAGGAGGAGGAAGAUGAAGGGGAAGAUGACACAGACAGUCUGCACUCGCUCCCCCACUCGCGCGCCGCCUCGCCCCCCUCCGCCACACGCUCCACCUCCGAACAGUCGGCCCUCUCCGCCUCUCAGGGAGACGUGCUCAGCCCAAGUGACAGCUCAGGGACCACCAGCCAGGAGCAUGAGGACACUCCAACAGCGUCUCUCUUGAACCUGGAGCCCACUGAAAAUAUCUUAGAGGUCAGUCCUGCGACACAGAGGAGAAUCAGGGCCUCGCUGUCUGAUCUGGACAAUGAAGAGGCGAUAGAAAACCUCUCCGUCCGACAGCUGAAAGAGAUUCUCGCCAGGAACUUUGUCAAUUACUCUGGCUGCUGCGAGAAGUGGGAGCUGCUGGAGCGAGUGCAUCGACUCUACAGAGAAAAUCAGCAGAACAGGAAAUCCAUGGACAAUGUGAGCAUAACUGCAGUGGUUGCAUAUCCUCCACCUCUCUGCAACAGUGGAGUUGGAGAUGGUGUCAAAGCUCAGCUGGCGGCUGAUGAAAACUUGUGUCGCAUCUGCAUGGACGCCAUCAUCGACUGCGUGCUGCUGGAAUGUGGUCACAUGGUAACCUGCACCAAAUGUGGAAAGAGGAUGAGCGAGUGCCCGAUCUGCAGGCAGUACGUGGUGCGGGCCGUGCACGUCUUCAAGUCUUAAAACUCUGUGUGCGCGUUAGAGCGGCCCUCAGGCGUGCACAUGGCCCGAGCCCUGAAUUCAUCACUGAGGAUGAACUGCCGUGCAUGACGUAUCGCAGGGCCUAAUGCUGCAGCAGGCGCGAGCAACUUCCCGGUCUUUGAAACCAGACUGUUGCCUCUUGCCUACCACGGUUUGUCCCCCCCCCCCCCUUACUAACUCAUGUUCCAGUCCCACUUCUCCUCCCUGGUGAACCGUCAUCAGCUGCACUGGGACACUCACUCUUUUUCUCUUUGGUCUGUUAAACACACAGCAGAAACCCCUGCCAUCACUUCCUACUCUCUGUUCUGUUUAAAUUAUACUCACAGGAGAGGAGGGGAGGGGAGAGGAGGUGGGUCCCAUGGAUACUUGAAGUGGAUCGGGUUGUUCUGUGUGGUGAAGAGACGCAGUUGGAUGAAAAAUAUAAGAUCCCAGGGUUAGAGUCAAUAUGGUUUACACAGUCAUGCCACAUGACACCGUGUUAUCUCCCUCAGUGUUCUUUAGGAUGUGCAAUAUCAGAAAAAAGGAGACUCACGUGUGUUUUUAGAAAAUGUCUAUUCGUUAAACCGAACACCACUUGCACCGAGUCAUCUCGUCUCACACACGGGAGGGUGUAAGGUGCCAUAUGUCAUGCCUUUGAUCGAUUUUUGGUUAAGAUUUCACAGUAUAUGCAUCUCAUAACCAGCAAGCUUGGUGUGAUUCGUUUUUUUCCUCCGUUUUCUCAAAUGAACUUACCGUGUGUACAAGUAAACAUUUGAACACUCAGCCUACUGUGUGAAGGAUGUGAUUUGCUCAUCUAAAAUUAAGUGCACAGAUGUGAUUUCUGCUGUAAAAGCUGCUGCAUGGUCACACCACCUGCUGCACUACAUUCCUGUUACAUCUACUGAGCGUGAAAAUUCAUUUGUCACCUUUGAAACAGCAGUUUCAGAAAAAAAAAAUCUGAACUCAAGGCCCACUUACUAGCUUCUUCCUGGGCUUUCAACCACAUUACACCGGUGUCAUCAGCAGAUGGAGUUUGCUCAGGUGUCAUGGAGAUGGGUCAGCUUACAUCACGUGACCUAAGGUGGUUGUAUAUGAUGGGGAGAUCAUGUGAAUGGCCUCAUCCUUCUCCUGAGGAAGACCACAAGAUGCAGCAGAAAGCUCCAGAAAAAGCUAAUAAUUGGAGUUAAGAUUUUGUUUUUGACUAUUUUUACCUAUGUUUUAAAGACUCAUUCCUCUUUUAUUUUAAAUAAUUUCCACCAAGCAAUACCAUUUAGUUUCCAAGUCUACCAAGUGUCUUUCUUUAACUGUGUUGUCCGUUAACGUGUCGAAUCUUAGGUAGGUAACAGGUGCUACUUCCUCUUUUCUGAGUGUUACAUCAACAUACCCUUUGUCAUGUUGUCAAGACGUCCUUCCAGAUAUCCAUCACACAGUGAGAGGUAGAGGAAGCCUGGUUUACUUUAACCUGUUAUGCAAAUGAAACAUUGUUUUCUUGUCAUGAGAUCCAGUUAACUCAGAUGUCACUAAAAUAUCUGUGUACAGUAUGCCUGUGGUAUGUUUAAAAAAAAAAAGCUGAAUUGCUGUCAAGUGAAUCGCAUAGAUAGCUUAUAUUGUUGUUUACUGAUAAGUCAUUAAAUGUAUAUUUUUCCAUUUACUUGGGAGACGGCAUUAUUUAAAAUUCAAAUUAUUACGGAGGUUUAAAAUAUACUGUUUUUCAGAAUGUAUCUCUGCUGGUUUUGGUCAGACGAGUUCCUCAGUCCUCUGAUCGUGUCACUCUCUCACCAUUAAAGUUGCGUCAGUCAUGGUCUCGCUUUCCAGCACUUUUUGUCGUCGUCUGCUUCAGAUGCAAAACCAACACUGACACCAUGCACUGUAACUCUGUAAGUCUGUUUGUUGAUGCUGCUGUUUCUCAAAGAUGUCAUUCAUGGGCAGCUACAGUAUUAUCAGAGUAGGACAUUAUCAUGAGCACUCAUAAUCCUGGAUCUUUAUAUUUUGGAAUGUUGAACCUUUUUAUUUUGGUAAACAAGAGAAAAUGAUUUAUUAGAUUCAAUAAAAUGCAGUACUACAAACCAUAAA